GAGGCAGAGGGCACGCUGAGAGGGUACAAGAGACACAGACCCAAGCUAGUGCGUGGGAUAGAUGGAUAAAUAUUCUGUUUUGGAUAAAUGGAGAGGGAUGGAUAGAUGGAUAAUCUGAUACAUGAGAGAGAGAGAACGAGAAGAGAACGAGAGGGAGGGGAUUGAUGGAUUGAUCGAUAUUUAAGUUCUAAAAGAUAUAUCUAGAUAGAGAAAUAUAGAGAAGGAGGAAAUGAAGAGAGAAAGUAUGGACACAAGGAGAGGGACUGAAGAUGAUUUACUGAGAUAAAUUAGGCUUGAGGGACAGAGACAGUGAGGCAGAGCAGCUGAAUUGAAGAGGUGUGUGUGUGUGUGUGUGUGUGUGUGUGUGUGUGUGUGUGUGUGUGUGUGUGUGUGUGUGUGUGUGUGUGUGUGUGUGUGUGUGUGUGUGUGUGUGUGUGUGUGUGUGGGUUGGCAGAGAGAACAGGCUUGGGUAAAAAAAAAACACAACAGAAGGCAUGAUUCAGAGCAGAGAACUGAGAGAGACGAGAGAGAGAGAGCAGAGAACGUGAGAGAGAAAGGAAAGAGAGAGAGAGAGGAGAGAGAUAGCUUAAAGAGAGAGAGAGAGAGUGAAGAGAGAGAGAUAGAGAGAGCGUGGAGAGAGAGAGAGCGUAUUGAGAGGGAGAGAGAGAGAGAGAGAUAGAGUGGAGAUAGAGAGAGCGUAGAGAGAGAUAGAGAGAGAGCGUGUUGAGGGAGAGAGAGAGAGAGAGAGAGAGGGGAGAGGGGGAACAGAAUCACAUUCAGAUAGACGAAGAAAAACAACCCAAGGAUUGGUUUUUGUGAGGAUAUCGCCGCAUUAUUGCCAACGUCUUGGAUACAGAUAUAUAUAUAUAUAUAUAUACAGGCUAUCUGCUGGACCAGCUUAACGCCCAUGUCUUUUUUGAUGGGAAAUGUGGCAUUCGUAUGGAUGACGAUAUGGAGAGAUGGACAACAUUGACAGUUUCAAAAGAUUCUUAAAUGAGAACACUUUGAGGAUGAGAGAGAGAGAGAGAGAGAGAGAGAGAGAGAGAGAGAGAGAGAGAGAGAGAGAGAGAGAGAGAGAGAGAGAGAGAGAGAGAGAGAGAGAGAGAGAGAGAGAGAGAGAGAGAGAGAGAGAGAGAAGCAUAGAGAAUGCAGUGACUUGUGGGCAAACUAAAGACUUGUAGAAAGACAGAACAUUUGUAUAAAGACACAACACUUGUUGUGUGAACAUAACAGGAGUAAUAAUCCACUGCCAGAUGUAUCAGUCAAGUCAUUGGAAGCCAGAAAAACAUACAAGCAUAAAAACAGAAACGGCAGUCAUCAAUCAUACCCUUCUGUAUUCUUUCUGUCAUUCUGCCAGUCGGCUCUUGGCUACCCAUCUUGUGGCAGGUGGAUGAAAGUCUAUGUUGGCUGAAGACAAACAGUUUGAAAAUCAACAAUCAACAAUCAGAAUCCAUCCAAAUCCAUUCAAAGAAAGACGCUUUUGAGGGAGGGUAAUGAUCCCGUUGGAGCUGCUGGUGUAUUCUUGUUGAACUAUAACAAUGGACUUUCAUGCUUGUUUUUAUUGAAAUGUAAAGAAAAUAACAUUUUGGAUGGUGCAUUUAGCUUUUGCACUAAACUUCAAUAUUUUUUUCAGUACUGUACAGUUACAAUACAUUACAAAAAACCUGUACUUCAUAAUUUUUAAAAGAAAAUUAAGAUACUCAGAAAGUAGGAUAGAAAGGCUGACAUAGUUUGGACAGCAAAAUUGAGUAUUCAGGAAGUUAAAAAUUAGUUUUGCCAUUAGAACGAUUCAAAUGGAGUGGACGGUUGAUUAACUCAGUCAAUCUACGCUUCAAAGAUUCCACUCUUUAACGCUGCCCCUGCUGCCCCCUCCCACCGCCCACCCCCCCGGCCAACCAUGGGCAAACCUCUGAGUCGCCCUGGAUGUUUCCAGAAAAACUCCUGCUGCCGAGCAAAACAUGGAGUAGGCGAGGGGGGUGGGGUGAGAGGUGGGGGCGGGAGCAUCGUGGAGGGGGGCUAUGGAGACGGCUACGUCCCUCAGCGCUCCAUCUACGACACCAUGUGCCUUAACCAGCAGAUAGACAGCCAGCACCAGCUCCACCACAUCGGCGGCUCCAUGCGGGAGACCGGGGUGGAGGGAGCCUUCAGCUGCUCUGCCAGCAGCUCCCUCCGAGCAGGCCGGUCCCCAGGGGACAUGUUCGACCAGCAGCCGCGCUCGCUCACCCCCAAUCCCUCGUUUGUGCGGCGCUUGGACGAGAGGGCCAUUUAUGACUCCUUGAAGCUGGGGGUCCAGGAGGCCGACGGGGUCGACUGCCGCUCCCCGGGACGCUUUAAGCGCUCAGCCACUCCCUCAGUGUGUUCUUUCUCAGCUCCAGCCGUCUCCUCAUCCUCAUCCAAAAAGCACCACCAUCAACAACAACUACAACAACAACAACAGCAGAAACUACAACAACAACAGCAACAACAGCAGCAACAACAACAACAACAACAGCAACAACAGCAACAACAGCAACAACAACUACAACAACAGCAACAGCAGCAGCAGCAGCAUCAUCAUCAUCAUCACCAUGGAAACAGUGGAAAGAACAGGGACGGACGCCACUCAUGGAAAGUCAUCACCCCCCCAAAUCACAUGGACUGCCUCGAACUCACGUCGGAGGACAUGUUGGAUAGGGGUGGGGGGUAUCUGAACCCUGCCGCCUACCCUCCUGUAGGCAGCUCCUCGCUCGCCUCUCCUGUCGUUUCCCCCUUCACUGGUUCCCCUCACUCUUCAGGCUACCACACCCCCCACUUUUUCUCCCCAGCCAAACCUCGCCCUGUUCAGACACAGAGCUUGCGCUGUUCACCUCCGCACGUCACCCAGCCGAGACACUACUCUCAAACCCAGAGCCUCAGGAUGUCCCCAACACAUGAACUGAGCUACUCUCCCUACCGAGCCCCGCUGGUCCAACUGUCCGCUCGCGACCUCCAAGAGGAGAUGAGGGAACGGGCCUGGGCAGGCAGGGCCGAUCGAGAGCGGGAAAGAGAGUGGGAACGAGAGAGGGAAAGGGAGAUGGAGAGGGGAUGGGCUGAAAGGGAAUGGGAGAAGGAGAGGGAGAGGGGCAGGCUGGAGAGGGAGAGGGCUAGAGAGCGGGAGAGGAGGGACACUUCUGGAAGCAGUUUUGGAACUUUUGGCUACGGCCGAACGGCUCCGCUGUGUUCCGACAGGGACUCAGUGUUCCUAGAAUCCGACCAGAUGCACGAUACCACACCACUGCUGCCCCCCCAGCCGUCACUCUCCCCGUCACCUAAUGCUGCACCCAGGAUGGGAACAUGUGCUGUUGGAAGAAACCGAGCUGGCUCUAAAGUUGGACCAGAAACCAUGAGUGGAAGUGUGCGAUCAUCUAACAGUGGAGGUGGGGUUAGGCCCUGGUUAGGCGGUGAAAGUCGCCCUAGAAGUAUGGCAGAGACACCAUUCACGUCUGAAGCACACUUUGAUCACCGUCAUGAAUCUUGGAGUAAAAGUCAUAAUAGGGUGGACGAAAUAGAAAACCCGAAAGGAAGAAUUGAAUCCCAGUGUAAAAAAGGUCCAGAAAGAAGUUUAUCCGAAAGCAUAAAGCUAUCUGGGAUUAAGACGGAGAAUUCAUCUUCAUCUGCAAGUAAGGAAAAACACAGAAGCCGGUCUGCGGUUGGAAAGAGAACUGAAGAAGUGAAGGUAGACUGUGAACUGAGUGCUGAGGCUAGUACCUGUGCUGUGCAAAAGGUUGAAAACAAGGUUGAGCCUGAGUGCAAUGAAGACAAAAUAAUAAGAUUGGAUGCAAGGACUAAUGGGGAGAAUGAAUCUGUGAUUGUAGAUGUACAAAGACCUGAGCAGUUAGAUACAUUGCAGCACCCUUGUGGGUUGGCUGAUGUAGACGUAUGUGCAGACCAUGAAACAGCCAUUGCCAAAACUGAAACUAUUGUUGAAUCUAAGGUCGAGACUGCACCUAAGACUGAGCAUAGUUCCCAGUCAGGUAAAACAAAUCCAGACCUCAAUAGUGCAAGGCACAGGGAUGGAAGGGAGACCACUACUGUUGAUUGGGGUAAUCCAGAAUUUCUGCCAUAUGAAAAAGCUGAACAAAAGGUCAACAUGGGCAAAACUGGAUUUAUUGCUCCCAAACCAGAUUUUGAUAGCCAGAAGUUAUCUACCCCCAAACCCAACAGUAGAACUCGCCCUGGAACAGCUACAGGCCUCCGUCCAGGACUAGUCAGCCCCAAACUAGACAGCAGGUUCGGGGAGCAGGAUCCGGCAGCACCCCCAGAUGGCAUGGAGUCCACCUGGCCCCGGAGAGUCAUUGUCAGAAAGAGAACAGUUCGACAAGGCGGCGCACUGCACAACCUACCCAUCCUCCCACCACUCCCAUCUGUUCUCACUGCACUGGAGAAGAGGUUCCCACACCACCUCCCACGUCUAGCUCAUCAUUCUGAGACUCCUUUGACAAAUCUGAUUGGCGCAGUAGGGCGGUGCUCUUUAAAAGAACCCUCCCAUCUAGAGCUGGGUCUCUGUGCCACUGUAGUAAGCAGAGCGUCAUUGAAGGAACAAAACUUAGAGCAGUGGAGGGCCACCAAAGAGCAUAAUGAUCUCAGGAUGCAAAGCAGAAAUAAUAAGAAUCCAGAAGAGUCCACAGCGGAGAAGGAGGAAAAUAAGGUGAAACGUGUAGAGCAUGAUAAACUAAAAUCUAAAGAGGUGACUGGUAGUGCUCAGGGAGAAAAGCAUGACAAAAGCAAUAGCUAUCAAUGUGAGAAGAAUUAUGGUGUGGUCAAAGUAGAGCAUGUCAUAACAAAACAGGUAGAAUCAAGAGACAUUGCACAAGUAGAUAUCCAAGACAGUGUGAAUCAGGAGUACUUGUUAGCGUUAGAAGUAAAGGGGAACAAGGCAGAAGAAAGCACAAGCAAGGUGAUGCCUUCACAAGAGCAACCCAAACCAAAAGAAGAUAAGGUUGGCGGUAAACCAGAAGUCAGAAUAGAUGUAGAAGGAGAAUGGAUGGAAGAGAGGGAUGUUGGCGGGAUGGCCGGGGAGGUGGAGAGCUGGGAUGUGGUGCUGAAGAUGGUCAACACCAUUUGGGAGGAUGGCUGGGCCGGAGGCAGAGCUGCAGGGCCAGUGGAGGAAGGCGACACCGGCUCCAUAUCCGGUUCCUUGCAGCGUUGGCCUCUUCUCAGACCCCCUGCAGGCUUUGGGGGCUCCCACCCAUCGUCCUCGGCUGCUUCAGAGCUCAGCUUGACCGAGCUGGAAAGGAGGGCCAGGGAGCUGGACUCAGACCUCGAGCAUCUCGACCUGUCCCUGCCCCACAGGGAAGCAUACGGUCUGAUGCUUCCCAAGCCGCAGAAGGAAAGGACCGACAUGUACCAAACGCACCCGGGACCCCAAAGAGAGAAAGGUGCUUUUCUCACAGGUCUAGGGAGCAGGUCUCAGGUCCGUCUAGAGAUGGUUCCUACCAUUACAGAGAAGGUCAAUACGGACGUUGACACCAACUGGUCAGAGAAGUCUGAUGCUGGGGCACCUACCAUAGGCAUCAGCUCCACUAAAGAGGACAGCUCUCCAGACUCAAACCUUACCUUAGAGUCGGAUUCCAGCGGCGUCUUCCUUUCCAUGUCCAAUCAGAGCCAAGACGAGAUGGGCUCUGACAGCGAUCAGCCAAUGAGUGGUUCCGACUUGGGCAGCAGCAGCACAUCAUUCGACAGAGAUGGGGAAGAGGCGGGUGCAAAAGAGUGGGGACGUGAGGAGAGUGCUGAGCUGGACUGGUGCUACCCUUCACUCCUCGACCCCUCUUCACAUGAACAUACAGCAGAGGAAGGAAAUGGAGAUGAAAACAAAAACCCAAGAGAUAAAAAAAAAGAGACUGUAUCCAUUAAGACCUCAGUUCAGAUGUUCAGUUCAGUUUCGCUCCCAACAUCCCCUUCCAAACAACUAAUCAAACAAUUCCGCAAUCCCAAUCUACCAAUGAGAAGCUCGGGAUUAGAUUGUGGUGACUUGGAUCCCUUUAUCCAAUCAGAUAGCUUUGUUUACCUUGCAGUAUCCACAAGCUCCAGCCCCCAGGCUGAGAAAACCGAAGCCAUAGACAAACCCCCCCAUGGGGCCAUCCAAGUCAUCUCAAACCAGGAACCCAGCUUGCCCCGAGCUCACGAGGACUCCUCCCCCGCACAGAAGGCUGUCGUCAAGGUGACUCAUCUUGUGCCCCAGCGUCCAGAGGGAGAAGACUUCCUGUCCACGGAUAGUUUUGUUUACCUCGCUGCUCCAGCAUGUCUCUUACUGGGCCCAGAAGGAACUGCACCCUACGGUACAAGGGACUCUGAUUCGGACAGCUCUGGAUCUGGCGCCGCUGACAUGUCGGUGCUGGGCUGCGGAUCCCUGGCCGGGGACAGCGACUGGGACUCGGACGCUUCGGACUCUUACCCCCAUCGCCCUUCUUCCAGAGUCCCCGGGGCCAGCGACAGGCCUCCGUCUGGCCCCGUCCGUCCGAAACGCCACACUGAGCCCAGCUGGGACCUGUUCCAAGAUGUCACCGAGCCGGAAGUACUGACCGAACUGCUCGACGAAGAAGGCCACGAAGAAAGCGACGAAGAAGGCGAUGAAGACGGUGCCACCAGCGGCAGCAACAACCUUAACAACAAUGUCACCACGGUUACAGUUGCGGCUACAACUAUGGUAAUAACCACCCCCGGGUUUGUCAACGAGGUGACUCCCGAGCCAGCAGACGAGAUGGCGAAAGCCGUUGCGACGUUGGAGCAGGCGUCCACCACCAAGAAGGUGACAUGGCAGUUCAAGCCGGCGCAGAGAUCUGUGUGCACAGGAAGCAGGAAAGAGAAAGAACCAUCAAGGUCGUCAUCACUGAGGUACGCCGACCAGGGACCGGAAGAGGCGCACUGUCCCUUACCAUCGUCGCCCUCUUCUUCCUCCUCACCAUCCUCAUCAUCGUCCUCUGGUUGAGGUGCAGUACAGACACAGUUUUCCUGGUCUUACUAUUGGGUCUCAGUGUGUGUAGCGGUACGGGUGUAGGAUAUCAGAAUACACACAGGCUUAAGACCCUUAUAUUGAGUUCAAAAUGUUCCAACUCGGGGAUUGACAUUUUAACUCGCAUUGCUGCAAUAAAAGAAAAGUUUCAUAUUUGAGUAUACAAAGGCACUAAAUCUAAAAAAAAAUGAAAUUUGCUGAAACAAAUGCACCAACAAUAAAUUAGCCAACUGAAUAAGGAUUUAGCAUUAUUUUUUGCAUAAAGAUGGGUUUCAGAUUAUAUAUAGUACUAUGGUUUACUGCACUUGGGAAUAUAGGGAGAAUAUUCUUCGAGGUUGCUGUAAGAAAUGAUUUCCUUUAGCAUCCAGGAAUAAUAAGUUAGUGGAAAAUGAAGGGAAGGUUUAUUUCAGCAAAGGCUUUUCGUUUUUUGUUGUUAUGGCUAAUGCUAACUGUAAAGCUGGGCAACGUAGAUGGUUUAUAUUUAUGGUUCAUGGUUAUGGUAUAUGGUUUGUAUCAAUGUAAAUACACAUACAUUUAUAUUGCUGCUGCUAAUUCUGUUUGUACCACUUGGACAAUGGAUAGUCUACUUAAAUGCAGAAUGGGAUUCACAUUUAAGUUAAUACUUAAGGGACGGACGUAUCUAACUGAUGAUUGAUUUGACCCGAACGUCAUAAUAAUUUCAUCGACAAUGUUAACUUUAAGAAAAGGCUCCUUUUGUGGCAAAAAUAACAUAACAUUUUGUAUUUUGUAUCAUAUGAUCAGUUAUAUAUUAGCGAUUUUGAAUGUAUUACAUUUAUUAUACUCUAUCAGCUAAAUUCCACAUUUUAACCAUCCCAUGGCAUGCUACUUUAUGAUUGCUUUUAUAUAGCUGUUAGUGGGCACCUAAUACAGUACUUUCAGCCUUGGGGCAGAAUUACAGCCACUGCGAGCCAGUCUCACAAUGAGCUUCUCACAAACAUGCUGUUUUUUUAGAGGUGGAUCAAUGUGGAGGGUUGGGGUGUGGCCCUGAGCAGCUUGCGGCCACGGUACCAUGCGCUCGUGUUUACAGUGGCUGUAUCGCAAUGGCGAGGCGCACACAGCUAUUGGCCGUGUUCUGUAAAUAUUCUAGAACACUCCGGGUGCUCCGGCGGGAGUACUGGAGCUCUAUAUCUAAAUAAUAUCAUAUUAUACAUAGAUAUCUAUAUCAUAUAAUGUAUAUUAUCACUGCCAAAACUGUGUGCGCCUCCAGACGAUAUUAUGAAUCACAAACGUCUGCGUCGGGUUCUCUGAUGUCUCUGGUUCUUCCACUUCCCCAUCAAUCUGAAGUAGACUGAACCGCGACAUCGGGGAGAAAGGGAUCGUUGCCCACGAUUGUCUCCCACCGGAGCCCCGCUGCCGAGGCACUGGGCAGCGGGCAGCAGGGCUCCGGUUGGAGACAACCGCGGGCAACGAUCCCUUUCUCCUCCAUGUCGCGGUUCAUGUACUUCAGGGAGUCAAAGCCAAAGUUAAUUUCCCCCAAUUCUUUCUCAACCAUGGCUGAGAUAACCCACACUACGAGACUCGUUGUGUAAACACCAGAGACGUCAGAGAACCCGACGUGUUAUGCGCCAUAACACCAACAGCAGAACGGUUAUCCAAAUAACAAGUGUAAAACAUUUGCGUUACAGUCUGUGUAUUCACACACACACACACACACACACACGUGGUGCUCACCCGGUCAUAGCUCAUCGUCUCAUUGGCAGGCCGAAUUCUCUGGGUGGGCAAGGCAGAGAAAGGGGAGGUAACUUGGCACCCUAUGACGACAUAUGGGGCCACAUUCCAAAUCGGAGCAUCUGAGCUUUCAUUUUUCGGAGGCGGAGCAGGAUACCUAGUGCACGUUUUACACCUAACGCCAUUUCUAGCUACUGGGGGACCAUAGGCAGGCUAGGGGAACUCAUAUUAAUGUUAGAAAACCUCAUAUAGUCAAUUUUUUUUCAUGCCAUGGGACCUUUGAGAAGGAUGUUAAUACAUGUAUUAGUAGGCAGAGCAAUAUGACUGAAUACAACAUGUAUUUACAAGUAUAACCAAUCUGCAGAAGAGAAUGGGUCAUGCCUUCAAAUAAUGACUAAUAAUCCCUUUUAUACGAAUCAACUUAUAAUUUCUAUGAAACAUGCAAAAUCUUUAAACAAUAUUGGAGCAAGACAGGGUGUAUAAUUCAGUGUUGCGAAGAGCCUGCAUACAUGUUCUGUUGAAGCUGUGCUGAGAGAGAAAGGCUCUAAAUGAUGAAAAGGCUUUAAGGCAACGCUGCAACGGCAAGCUAGUGAUGGAAGGACAAGUGAAACACACGACUCGUAAAGUGCUGUGUUGAAGGACAUCUGUUUGUUAAGAGUUGUUAGCCUUAAUGUUGUUAGCCUUAUAAUGAAAUAUGUUGUUUCUCAGUUAUUCAAUAUGAUUGUUGAUAAUUUACUUUCAGUUGUUUAGCUAUCACUUAUAAAUCUAGUAUUAAUGCAUUAAUAAUGCAUUUUAAAGCAGUAUGUUUGCUGGUAUACUGGCUAUUAGCACAAAUAAGACAAACCCAGAGAGAUACCUGAAAACCACUCCCCUGCCUGGUCAUGAUGGCGUGAUUCAGAGAGGGAGUGCAACCUCUACAUUGGCACAAUAAUUCGGCAUUGUUACAGUUUGCAGCUGCUUUGCUUGCACCUCCCCCCCCCCCCCCCCCCCCCCCGCAACCUCCCCCAACAAUACUAGGCUUCACUACCAUAAUAAGCAUGUUUUCCAUAGACUAUCAUUGAUGGCAUUUUUAUGAUAUAUCAAGGCUUACAGGACUCAACAUGCAGAGUGUCCUUUAAAGGGCAUUGAGUUUGACAGUGUCAGUCCUUGGGUAUGAAUAUCUAAUUAUGAAAAUUCUUUAGUCUUCAAAUUACCUAUAUUAUUAUACAUUAAUGAUUUUAUUUUCCGAAGGAGAAUGUCUCUUUAUUGACAUUUAAAAACAAUAGUCAAGUGUGAUUUAAUACAAUUUUGGCCUACAUAUUGAUGUUAUACCGUCAUGUUGAAUAUAUCUAACAUUAGCAUUUUUACCAGAUUUGUGUACAGUAUAAAGACACAGCAAGACAAAGUAAUGUUUAUACAUAUUUAAGGAAGCAUGCCUCCCAGACUUGGGAUCUCUUUAUGAACUAACAGUGCAUUUAUCUUAAGCCACAAUUCAAACAUGUCGCCUUCAUUGUGGUUCAAUACCAGCUCAUGUUUAAAGAUGUCUGGCAUGUUAAAAUGGCUAAAUUAUCAAGAGUCACUGCUCAUUGUUUGAUUUAGCGCUUGAGUAAAGGCUGCAUAUGGAAAUUAUAAAAUAGAUGAAAUACAAAAUAUCUGUACAUGAUGUACCUCAUAAUACUCUUAUUUGAGUAUUUUUUUAAAGGUAUUUAAGUAAAAGUGAUGCAGCUUGAAAAUAAGUACAUUUUCAUAGAUUUCGUAAAAAAAAAAGGUAAUUGCUUUGAAUAUUGGAGUGGUUUACCUAUAGCACUACUUCUGAUAUUCUGUGUGUAAGUGUUAUUAGUUUAUUAAGCCAUUUGUAUUUCCUGCAGACACAGGCUACUUAUUUGUUAUAACCAAAAUAAUAACAGAAUGCAGAAUAACUCGAUAAUUUAAAAAACUUGUUCAUUUAUUUAUUUUAGCAAAAAGGUGUUUAUGAGACCAUCCAAAACUGACAUAAAUUUUUGCACAAAAAAAGGAUCCCCAUUCGAACACAUUAACAGAUGAAUUAAGACAUUUAUUUGGCUUGUAAUUGCCUACAACUGCAUCAAAUGACAGCACUGUCCAGUUUUACCACUGUUUUGCCAUCCAUAUAAUAAUAACCUGAAUAAUAAGAACUAUGGAAAAGAUUGGAAUUAGCAAACUAAAUAAAUAUUUUAAUUGCUAUUAGUUCGUCGCCUAUAGCACCUCAACACUUCAGCACUCUUUUCACCUAUGUUCAAAUUCCUAACCCAAAAAAUAAAUGCUAAAACAUGUUACUUUGCAAAAUCAUACGAUAGCCCUAAAAUAUGAUGUUUCCAUUGUUUUACAUAUUUAAACAUAUUUUUUUACCGGCAACGUUCCCAAACAACAUUCCCAAAAAAUAAUCUAUCCGUUUCUAUGGGUUAUAUUUUGAUGUUCAUGUAAAUUCUGUAAGAGAUAUGUGUCUAUUACGAAGUAGGACAGAGGGGAAAAUUUUUAAAGAAAAGUUUAUAAUCAAAGUGAACAGUUUCAGUGUGGCUUAUCUUGAUGGUAAAAUGUAGAUAACUGUCACUUAUUUGCAUCACUCAUUGUUCCUUAAUAUCAUUUACAGAGCCAUGUCAAUGAUAUUAUUGAGAAUGUAUUUCAACUCAUCAACUCAUCUCAAACAAUAAAUACAGAUAUUUUACCCUGCAUUGUCCUCUGAGGGAAAUAACAGUGUUUCACAUGCAGGGUUCAUGCAAAUAUAUUAUUAUUAAAAGCUGGAAUUUAUGUUAAUAAAUAUUUGUGGGUAAA